AUGUCUCCCGGGAAAACAAAGGAUGAAGUGAGAAUCUUCACCCCUGUUGGCCAGUUCGGCCAAGGGUGGAACUCGAGUGUCUUCUGGAACACGAUCGACGCCGGUGUUGAUGCCAUCAUUGCUGAUGCUGGCUCAACCGAUAGUGGUCCUGGACGUCUCGCGCUUGGGAAGACAGCAGCCUCUCCGCAAGGCUACAAGAGAGAUUUUGGCGAGCUGGUCAAAGCCUGCCAUACCCAUGGCGUUCGCUGCCUUAUUGGCUCUGCUGGCGGUUCUGGGACGAAUGCACAAGUUGACAUGAGCGUCGAGCUUAUCAAAGAGAUAGUCAAAGAGAAUGGCUACCGUCCUAUGAAAGUCAUCAGCAUCUACGCCGAGAUUCCAAAAGAGACUGUCCGCCAAAAGUUCAAGGAUAAUCUCAUGAGCCCAUGUGGUAAGGCUGUCCCUGAACUGAAGGAGGAAGACAUCGAUUCUGCAAUCAAGAUUGUCGCACAAAUGGGCUUGGAGCCAUACCUGAAGGCCAUGAACGAGAACCCGGACUUCGACAUCAUAAUCGGCGGUCGCUCUUAUGAUCCAGCACCGUACGCGGCGUUCUGUAUGCAUCAUGGGUUUGAAGAUUUGGGUAUCAACUACGCCAUGGGCAAGAUCAUGGAAUGUGGGGCGCAGUGCGCCAUCCCGAAAACCAGAGAAUCUCUAGCAAUUGUGCGUCGCGAUAACUUCGACCUAAUCCCCCUCCAGCCAGAAGCCCGCUGCACUCCGUUGUCGGUCGCUGCCCAUCUUCUGUACGAGAAGAGCAGACCAGACAUCCUUCAAGGGCCAGGUGGUGAGCUUCACACCAAGGACAUGACAUAUGAGCAAGUUGAUGAACGCACUGUGAGAGUGCGUGGGCCCAAGUUCAUCCCACAGCCAGAGGGCGAGUAUACAGUCAAAACCGAGGCGGCGCGUAUCAACGGGUACCAGAACAGUUUUGUGGGAGCUUUCAGGGAUCCGAUCUUGAUUUCUCAGCUCGACACUUGGCUCCCCGCCGUCAAGGAGACAGUCGGUGCCAGAAUGUCCGGGAACUACCCAUACGAGACCAAAAUCAUCACCUAUGGCAUCAACGGUGUCAUGGGGGCCCUCGAACCGGACAAGAGUCUACCCAAGGAGGUCUGCGUGGUCGUUCAGUGCAAAGCACCCACGCAGGAGCAAGCAAAUGAGGUGGCCAACAGGACCAAGAUGGGCUUGACUCAUGCUCCAUACCCUGGCCAGCUUGCCACUGCUGGGAACUUCGCUUGGCCCAUAACCCCUUGCGAAACUCCGAUAGGCCCGGUGCCUGAAUUCUGCAUGUACCACCUCAUUCACAAAGCGGAUCCUGUUGGCCUCUUCCCCUUCAAGGUGGACGUGUUCGAGGGAACUAACAAAUUUAUUGAUACUCGUGAAAAAGUAGCGGUCAAGGCUGACGGUGUAGUGGCAAAUAUCAAGAACCCAGCAGCGACUGCCGGUCAGCCGAAGACGUAUUACUUGAAGCCUGCACCGGCUGCAGGGACAUGCUAUCUUGGAGAUAUCGCCUCGGUUGUCCGCAGCAAGAUUGCCGGGCCGUAUGAAGUGACCUUUGACAUUAUGUUUAAGGAGGAAGAAGUGUACCAGAGAGUGAAGAAAGCCAACGUGCUGUCUGGAGCGGCAGUGGCCAAGCUCUACAAUAUCCCCGAGAGCGAUGUAGUCGCUGCCCUUUGGUGGGACCCUGCAAGGGCGUUCAAAGCCACCAUUCCCCGGUAUCGCGCCUCGGCGGGGUUUGAGGAAACAGACACGCACGGCUCCCAGCAGCAUGCGCCGCUUCUGUUCUUGACCCUGCCUUGGGGCCGCGAGUAG